AUGGCAGAUCUGGCUAAACAGAAUGUGGAAGAACCUAUUACGGAAAGUCUGCUUCUGACCUCAUCACAAGGAUCAGAAGACCUAGAGCUUCUGGUGAACAAGAAUAAUGUGCGUGAAAACCUGAAUCGGUCGCUGACACCCCGUCACAUCAAUAUGAUUUCCAUCGGUGGUGUCAUCGGAACAGGUUUGUAUCUGGGUACCGGGAAAAUGCUGGCCAACGGCGGCCCUGCAUCGCUACUGAUCAACUACUCGGUCAUGGGACUGGUGGUGUAUUUGACGAUGUUGGCACUGGGCGAAAUGUCCACUUUUAUGCCGGUUUCCGGUUCGUUCUGCACUUUUGCCAAAAAAUUUGGGUCCACGUCAUUCGCCUUCACACUCAUGGUCAACUAUUGGUUCAACGACGCCGUUUCUGUGGGUACCGACCUGACCGCACUACAGUUGGUUUUGGACUACUGGAAGAGCUCUCACUCGCAUUUCCCAUAUUGGGCCGCAUCACUUAUUUGCUGGGCGUUUCUGCUCUUGCUCAACGUUGUGCAUGUCCGUGUGUAUGGCGAAGCCGAAUACUGGCUCGCACUGUUAAAAGUGAUUGCGAUCUUGAUGUUCUUCAUCAUUUCGAUUGUCGUCAACGCAGGUCGUAACCCAGAGAGCUCUUACAUCGGGUUCAAAAACUGGACCGUGGGCGCGGCUCCGUUCGUGAACGGCUUCAAAGGUUUCGCCUCGCUCUUCGUUUCUUCGAGUUACGCAUACGGUGGUACCGAAAGUAUAACGCUCACGGCGGGAGAAACUAAGAACCCUAUCAGAAACACUCCAAGAACCAUCAAGACCGUUUUCUGGCGUAUCAUUAUAUUCUACGUGUUCACGGCUUUUUUCAUCGGCAUGAACGUUCCUUACAACUACCCGAACUUGAGCGAAAAAUCCAUCAUCACCUCGCCCUUCACUAUUGUCUUCCAAAUGGUAGGCUCUCGCGCUGCUGGAUCUUUCAUGAACGCAGUCAUUUUGACCAGUGUCGUCAGUGCCGGCAACCACGCACUUUUUGCCGGUAGCAGAGUUCUAUACAACAUAGGAUUAGAAGGCUACUUAUUCCCCAAGCUCAUUACAAAAACUAAUCGUUACCAGAUGCCAUACGUCUCCGUUAUUAUCACCUGGUUUAUCGGUGGAUUGUGCUUUGCCUCCAGUUUUGUCGGCGCGGGAACGCUGUGGACCUGGCUUCAAAACAUCAUCGGUGUCUCCAAUCAAAUCGCCUGGUUGUGCAUAAGCAUUGUCUCCAUCAGAUUCAGACGUGGAUUGGAGAAGCAGGGCAAAACCCACGAACUAAAUUUUGUUAACUGGACUUAUCCUGUUGGUCCAUAUUUCCUAGUGGUAUUUGUCACUUUCAUCAUCUUAAUUCAAGGUUGGUCCGCGUUCGCCCCAUGGAACACCUCUGAUUUCUUCUCUUACUACCUCGAGCUCUUCGUCUUUUUCGGUCUAUGGGCGGGAUGGUGGCUCUAUAAGCGUGAUUCGUUUGUGAGAAGCGAAGACAUGGACUUUGUUACCGACAAAUACGUCCCAUCUGAAGAAGAAAACUUCCUCAAUGAACAAUUAAAGAGUCAAAGGGGCUGGAAAAAGAUCAGAACUUUCGUCACCGAUUUUGUCUUUUAG